AGUUCUCCACCCGCUUCUUUUCCCUCGCUCGCUCGUCCGUCGCCCGCCUGCCUGCCUGCCAGUGCGCGCCCUCUCCCUCCCUCCCUCCCUCAUGGCGGACUGCUUCCCGCCCGAGUCGGACGACUUCCACCGCCGCUGGCUGCCGCGGGAGAUCCUCGCCGACAUUGGCAUCGCCGACCCCGAGGCCGUCGGCGCCGAGACCCCGCCCGAGGCCGCCGCCGCCGCCGCCGUGGAGGAGCUCGCGGCUCAGCUCGCCGGCAUCCUCGGCGGCGGCGCCAAGGCGUGGCCGCUCGGCCCGCCGCCGACGCCGCCUACGCCCGCGGCUCCGCCCGCCGCCGCGGCGGCCGUUGCCCCGUGCUACGGCGCGAAGGUCUGCGGGCUGCAAGGUAGCGUCGUCGUGUCCUGCGGCGAGACCAAUGGCGGCGGCGCCGUGUCUUGGCCGUUCGUGCCGUACCCGCCGCAGCUCCACUGGCAGGUCGGGAGCGGCCUGGUGAACCACGGCGGCGUGCUGGACUACCCGGUGCUGCCCCCUGCUGCUCUACCCUGCCACGUCCCGCCGCCCGCCAACCUGCGCGGCGGCACCGGCGUGUUCCUGCCGCGCAUCGAGGCGUACCGCUACGCGGCCGCUCCCCCGGCCACCGCCAAAGGUGGGGCAGCGACAAAGCCGUGGGCUGGGACUGGGAGCAGGCCGGCAACGGGGAAGAAGCAGGAGCGGCAGCAGGCCGAGCAGGCGGCGCCGGCAGCAAAGCACCCCCAGAAGCAGCGGCAGCAGCAGCAGCAGGCUACCGGCGCAGCGCUGGCUCUGCCCCAGGACUGGUGCUACCGCUGAUGAUGUGUUGGAGGCGCGUGCGUGCAUGCAUGGACAUGGACAUGGACAUGGAUGGACGCGAUGGUGCCUGCCAAGACGAUGGCGAACGUUCAAGCAAUUCGUAUUCGUAGCAGACGUUCUUUAGUAGUGGCAGUGGCCAGGGAAAAAGAAUAACAACAACAAUAAAUAAGAAUAAGGAAACGAUGAUGGAUGGAUGGAUAAUGUAGCUGCAGCUGCAAGA